AGCUCCAGCCCCACCCAGAGCGCUGCGCGCCGAGGGCCGCCCCGCUCGCUGCGUGGGCGCUGGGCCAUGUACUCUGGGAACCGCAGCGGCGGCCAGGGCUACUGGGAGGGCGGCGGGGCCCAGGGUCCGGCGCCGGCAGGGACGGUGAGCCCCGCGCCGCUCUUCAGCCCGGGCGCCUACGAGCGCCUGGCGCUGCUGCUCGGCUCUUUCGGGCUGCUGGGCGUUGGCGGCAACCUGCUGGUGCUCGUCGUCUACUACAAGUUCCAGCGGCUGCGCUCUCCCACCCACCUCCUCCUGGCCAACCUCAGCCUCAGCGACCUGCUGGUGUCCCUCUUCGGGGUCACCUUUACCUUCGUGUCCUGCCUGAGGAACGGCUGGGUGUGGGACGCCGUGGGCUGCGUGUGGGACGGGUUUAGCAGCAGCCUCUUCGUGUUUCCAAGACCUAACAUUCUGGUCACUAAAGUAUUUAGGAUUGUUUCCAUUACCACCCUCACUGUGCUGGCCUAUGAACGUUAUAUUCGUGUGGUCCAUGCCAGAGUGAUCAAUUUUUCCUGGGCCUGGAAGGCCAUUACCUACAUCUGGCUCUACUCGCUUGCAUGGGCAGGAGCACCUCUCCUAGGCUGGAACAGGUACAUCCUGGACGUCCAUGGACUAAGCUGCACUGUGGAUUGGAAAUCCAAGGAUGCCAAUGAUUCCUCCUUUGUGCUCUUCUUGUUUCUUGGCUGCCUGGUGGUACCCAUGGGUGUCAUAGCCCACUGCUAUGGCCAUAUUCUAUACUCCAUUCGAAUGCUUCGUUGUGUUGAAGAUCUUCAGACAAUUCAAGUGAUGAAGAUUUUACGAUAUGAGAAGAAAGUGGCCAAAAUGUGCUUCUUGAUGGUCUUCAUCUUCCUAGUCUGUUGGAUGCCUUAUAUUGUGAUCUGUUUCUUGGUAGUUAAUGGUUAUGGACACCGAGUCACUCCAACAGUGUCAGUUGUUUCUUACCUCUUUGCUAAAUCGAGCACUGUAUACAAUCCUGUUAUUUACACCAUCAUGAUCAGAAAGUUUCGAAGAUCCCUCUUGCAACUCCUCUGUUUCCGACUGCUGAGAUGCCAGCAGCCCGCUAAAGACCUACCAGCAGUUGAGAGUGAAAUGCAGAUCAGACCCAUUGUGAUGUCACAAAAAGAUGGGGACAGGCCAAAGAAGAAAGUGACUUUUAAUUCUUCUUCCAUUAUUUUUAUCAUCACCAGUGAUGAAUCACUCUCUGUCGAUGAUAGUGACAGAACCAGUGGGUCCAAGGUUGAUACAAUCCAAGUUCGUCCUUUAUAGGAAUGAAAGACUGAGCCUUAGAUUGGAUAUCACAUUUGGACUUCUAUGUAACGAUUGUUCUGGAAUCCGCAUUCAAUGUAACAUCGAUAAAGCUUUUGUGGUCCAGUAGGAAAUCUGAUUGCCUGCAUGUUCUCUGGCCUCAAGAAGAAACUGAACAGGACAAAUUCUUUGAAUUCAAUGGGUGCUUUACAUAACAAAAACCCACUUGUGGCACAAGACGGGCAUCUGGUACCAUCAUCUUCUAACAUGUUAGAAUUUUCAUUUCAGAUAUAUUUUUGACUGACUAUAGUUGCCAAAUCACAUGAUACAUUUUUCUUGAAAAUAUUUCAUCGUGAAAAUAACUUUGUCUCAAACAUAUGUGUGAAAUAGCUAGACCAUCUUUAAUUCUCUGUAAAGUUGGGUCCUAUUUAGAGUCAUGUCAUAUGUUUGGCCGCAUUGAAUUUAUCAAGGAGAUAAAUUCUAGGAUAAAAAUAAAUUCCCUGCCUUUAUCUGUAGCUAUAUAUAAAUAAAAUGAAGAGGACCUUCAGACUAAUGAGCUGCUAAGAACAUCAUAGCAAAGAGAAAGAAUACCAUGACUUUGGGGUACUUAUGGCAUAUGGUGAAUUAUGUAACGGUGUGAGAAUGUACAUGAUGAAGAUGAUGUUGAUGGCAGAUGAGUAUCUCCAUCUAUUUUGAACAUGAACAUGGCAGGAUUACCCCUUCCUUUUAAUGAUUUCCUACAAUUUUGCCAGGAGCGCUGGAUUUAGAAAAGGAGUCCCAAGUAAACAUACUUAAUCUGAAGAGGUAUGGAAAUAAGAAUUUGAGUGUAUUCAUAAAAUAUAUUAUUUAGUCUUCAUUGUUCAUCAAUCAGUCCAUUAGUCAGUGUUAAUGAAGAGGCCACUUUUUCCAUGAGUCACUGUUUAAACUUGUAAGAAACCAGAAUAUGCUACCCCCAAACACGCUCCAUUUUGCAUAAUGAUUAUUUUGAGUUGAAAGCAAUUGAGAAGAAGUGAUACAAGGAAAGCUUUCUGCCUCCCUUUAUUUGCCUAAAAGCAAGACCCAAAUUUGCAAAUGUGCUCCCUCCUCCUCUCUACCAGGAAGAACAAGGUUGACCACCAUAGAUGACUUUAGACACUCAUUAGGCUGGAGACAGCACCAGAGGAAUCUGCAUAGCAAGAUCCUGUUUGUUUACCUUCCUACAAGUUGCUGCCCUCAGUCUCAAAGUCCUUUCUCUUUGUCUCUGCACUUCUCUAAAAUUUACAGUUCUUUGUGGAAGAUGCUAAACCAGCUCUUUGAGAUUUACUCAUUCUCUGGGUAUCUUCCAUGUGAAAUAUACAUGUGAAUAAACUUCUAUUGGUGUUUGUUUUUUUC